AUGUCAGACACCAGUAACGAGUACCCCAGCCUGGAGUUCGCGGCUGGCAACGUGUUCCUCAUCGACAAGCCCAUCAGAGGCAGCGCUAAAGUCAAGACCCCCUCCACCUCCUCCUCCAACAUCGUGCGUCGCUCGGGCGGCUCCGUCACCACUCGGCAGGAGCUGCACUACCUCCGAUGCCGCGACGAGCGUGACGUCAGCCUCCUCCUGCCCAUGGCUCAGCCAGGCGAGUUCGUGGAGGUCCUGCCCAACCCAUUUGACGCCGGCAAGUUGAGCAUGCGCGUAGAGGACAUUCUGACCACGCAGAAGUUCCCGGUUUUGGUGCGCUACGUGUAUGGCGGUGCUCGACCCAGGCUGACCUCCUUCUCAGGCCUGCUCACUCUUCUGGACUCGUUUGAGGAGUCGUCAGUUGUGGGCUGCGUACUGGACGGGGCUACCUUCACCAUGCUGGAGAUCCCUACGUCGUCGCCUCUUCUCUUCCAGAUCGCGCUCAACAGCAACGAUUUGUUCGCGCUGCCCGUGGUCAAGCACGCGCUGCGUGUCUGCGAGACGAACGGCUCGGCCUACUUGAGUGAUAUGAAGUUCAAGUUUAAGUUUGCUCAGAGGAUCCUACAAAGAGGGGCCCGUGAGGACCCGGACGACCCACCCAGUGCCACCAACAGCGCGCGCAUGGGAAUCACACAGACCUAUGUUUAUCUGUGA